GCUCCCCGCGCCAUGAAGCUGCUGCGGCGCGCGUGGCGGCACCGAACGGCGCUGGGCCUGAGCGCCCUGGCGCUGGGCGGCGCUGCGCUGCUCUACCUGGCGCGCUGUAGGGCGCCCGUCGACCCCGCCGCGCCCGCGCCCUUCGGCCCCGCGCGCGCCGCCGCUUUUCUGGCCGUACUGGUGGCUAGCGCGCCGCGGGCGGCCGAGCGGCGCAGCGUGGUCCGCAGCACAUGGCUGGCGGCGCGGCGCGGCGGCCCCGGGGACGUGUGGGCGCGCUUCGCCGUGGGCACCGGCGGGUUGGGCGCCGACGAGCGGCGCGCCUUGGAACGCGAACAGGCACGGCACGGAGACCUGCUGCUGCUGCCCGCGCUGCGUGACGCGUACGAGAACCUCACGGCCAAGGUGUUGGCCAUGCUGGCCUGGCUGGACGAGCACGUGGCCUUCGAGUUCGUGCUCAAGGCAGACGACGACUCGUUCGCGCGUCUGGACGCGCUGCUGGCCGAGCUGCGCGCCCGCGACCCCGCGCGCCGCCGCCGCCUCUACUGGGGCUUCUUCUCGGGCCGCGGCCGCGUCCGGCCCGGGGGCCGCUGGCGCGAGGCCGCCUGGCAGCUCUGCGACUACUACCUGCCCUACGCGCUGGGCGGCGGGUACGUGCUCUCGGCCGACCUCGUGCACUACCUGCGCCUCAGCCGCGAGUACCUGCGCGCCUGGCACAGCGAGGACGUGUCGUUGGGCGCUUGGCUGGCGCCGGUGGACGUGCAGCGCGAGCACGACCCGCGCUUCGACACCGAGUACAAGUCCCGCGGCUGCAACAACCAGUACCUGGUGACGCACAAGCAGAGCCUGGAGGACAUGCUAGAGAAGCACCGGACGCUGGCACGCGAGGGCCGCCUGUGCAAGCGGGAGGUGCAGCUGCGCCUGUCCUACGUCUACGACUGGUCGGCGCCACCCUCGCAGUGCUGCCAGCGGAAGGAGGGCAUCCCCUGACCGCCCUGAGCAGGGCUGGGACGCCCGGCUCCCGACCCUGCGCAGCCAUUCUGCCGCUCGUGGUGGUGUGUGGAGGCUGGACCGAGUCACUGGCGGCCGCCCGCCGGCCUUCCACUGGUGAAGCUGACAGCUUCUGGCUGGUCGUUAGCAUGAGGCCGGCCCUCAAGAGGACCCAGUUUACCUGGUGACCAUGGGCCAGAUGCCAGGCAGCAGUGGACACCUCCUAAGCCCCGGCUCCGCUAAGCGCCCAUACAGCCUACCCGAGGGCAUCUUGUUCUGCGUCUGCGGCCAGCAUCCUGUCAGACAGAAAUGUCCUGUCCCUGGAUUUCAGCGUUUUGCCUGGACGUGGGCGAGUCCGCAGGCAGCCCCGCGGGGCCUGAGCACACACUGUCCUCUCCCAGGCCGGCACCAAGCAGCCAGAGGAUGGAGCUGACAGGCCUUUCAGGACAUGACCCCAAAGAAAAAUUCCCCACCCCUCAGGGCUGGGGACAAUGUCGUGUCCUGCCUCCACUGUACUGACCAUCCACCUGCACCUGCUGAGGGCUGUGACCGCUGUUAACUGGGCCCUGGCACUUGGAGACUCGCCAUGUGAUGCAACCCAACAGCUUUUAUAGAAGUUACUGUUGCUUUAUGCCGUUAGGUCACCUCUUGCGUUUCCUGCUGGUAACCCUUGUCACAUGUACGUCUAGGGUUUAACUUCGUUUUAUGUGAGUCAGCUUUUGUGGUAUUUUGGUCUGUGUGUUUGUCUGGAGUGAACUCGUACGUGUAAUUCAGAGCUUGCCUGCUAUUUAUUUAUAAAUGUUGUGAAUUUGCGAAGAUAA